ACAUGACUGCAGAAAAACUAAGCCGGAUUUUUCAGGUCACAGCUCAUAGUCUUUACAUGACUGACGAUGCUAAUGUGGCAGUUUUUCCUGGAGCUUCUGGUGCAUUCAGCACAUUGGACCUUAGUCCAAGAGGUCACUAUGAGGUUCACGGUGAGGAGGACACCUCAUGUGCUUCACCAUCCACUCAGCGCUUCACAUUCAUGCGAACCUCUGCAACUACUCCUGGUCCAGCUUUGGAGCGUGCUGCCUUAGCCCCACCACCGCCACCCAGAGCCACUGCCUCAAAAACUUUUCAAAGAUCAAUUUUUCUUGCUGAGGUGGUUGGUGGGAGGUUGAGUCCGAGCAGAAUGGUGGUGGUCCGGUUUUUGGAAUGUGAGGCUACCCUUCAGGGGAUCAUCGGAAAAGUGCAAGAUGCGAUAGGAAGUCAUGACCCCAUCGUAUUGACUGAUGCACAGGGCAACGCAAUCCUGGAGUCUGAAGGAACAACAGGAUCACAGUACUGGAAACAAAAUGCACGAAAGAUCCUUGCAGUACAAGAACAGAGCUUCCAGGUGUUGCAGGGCAACAAAAGGAGGAGAAUGAGUAGCAGCCGAAAAGAUGAAGAAGCUGCAGGUAUUGGAGAGGUCACUGAGAAGAUAGAAGAGCUUCUACUGGCAUCACAGAAUCUACCUGAUGUCACUGCAUCAAUCAGAGAACUCACCAAUCUAGCUGCCACUCAAAAAGUAAUCCUGACUCCUUCCCAGCUACAUACCAUCAAACAAGGGUUCUGCUGUGUUAUUUGUAUGAAGUUCAUUGAGGAACCAGUCUUCACACAGUGUUGCCAGAGCAUUAUUGGCUGCAAAACAUGUGUGGAACAGUGGCAGGAAACCUCGGUGCACUGUGCAAAAUGUAGAGUGAACACUGCAGGCAACAACAUAUUGGAAGUGAAUGGUCUGUCAGAGGCAUUUUCUGUUCUGAGUUCCCUUUUUCAAGAGGAGUAACUAUUUGCACUUUAACACCCACCAAUAGGUUGUAAAACACGUUUAUUACAGUUUUUUUUGCAAAGAUUAAAACAUGUGGGUCAGAGUUUUAGUAAUGAUGACAAUUGAAUUACACGCUUCACUGUUUAAUGUCAUAUAAAUGUUUAUUGUUCUUAUUACAAAUUUACAGUCUCUAAGUUAAAUAGAGCUACUGGCUUUUCACACAUUGCGCUGAGUUGUUGUUAUAAGACAGAGCAAUGCCUGUUUGUAGGGAGCAAAAUCAUUGUUGACUGCUCGAGACAUUAAGUUGGAGAUAUCAGAAUAUUGUUCAGCAAACUGGUGCUCAACUGUAAUCUUCUCCUGUUCAGUUGAAAAUGGAUCAACUCCAAAAGUUGAAUGUCUCGUCAGUGAGGUUCCAAACUGCAGAUUGUAAAGGUCUGCUGCUUCACCCGAACGAGGCAACAGCUCCUGUGGGAUUUUUCUGGGACACCCACAGCUAGCCAAGUUAUUUGGUAUACCUUUAUCUGAAAAAUAAAGAACAUACAGUUGGUCUUGAAGUUUA